AUGUCGAAAAAGAGUGAUGGUCGAAAUCGGUGUGUUUCUCCCGCGAAUAAUGCGCCAGUGGGGGUAAGCUGCGAGAUCUGCAGACAGCCGGAUGAUAGUCGGAUGGUAGCGUGUGAUUUGUGUGGAAAGUGGUUUCACUUCGCGUGUGUGAGUGAGGAUUCAACUGUUCAGGAUCGUGACUGGAGCUGCGGGAAUUGCACCGAGAUCGGAGCGGCAGCUCAAGUCCCGGCCAGAACAUCAACACCAGCCACCACAGGAGGAACCAAACCAAAGUCUGGAAACACGAAAAAUUAUGAAGUCGAACCGGAUGAUAACCUUCAACGGCAGUUAGCAGAAAUGCAGAAGAAGAUGGAGAAGCAGCAGAAGGAAUAUGAGCGGGCUAUGCGGGAAAUGGAGGAUCAACGUCGGCGGGCGCUCAGAGAUCAACAAAAUAAAUUCGAGCAGGAAUUGGCAGCUUCAGAGCGACGAAUGCGGGAACCGAAGGAGGCUCUUCAGCCCGUAGCCGCUGCACUAGGAGGUGCACCAACAGCUAGUUCAACGGGAAAUCCUCUCCCACAAGUUCACGUCAGCAGUAUCAAUCAAGCGGAUGUCCUGGUACAGGAACUUCAAUUACUGGAAGAGAAGCAAGCGUUAGAACGAAGACAUUUGGAGGAGAAAAGUCGAUUAUUACAGCGAUUUGGGGCUUUCGACGGAGGUGCAGUCGAAGGAAUUUCCGGACUGAAUCCUCAGGCGAACGCAUUUCAACCAACACAUCGCAGCAAUCCAUUUGGCGUUUCUCUGCUAAACCAAAGUCAGCCUUCAGCGCGUCAGGCCGUUUGUAAGGAACUACCAAUCUUCACCGGAAAUCCUGAGGAGUGGCCGCUCUUCUUCGCCAGCUACGAAAACUCCACUGAAACCACUGAAGAAAACCUUCUACGCCUUCAGCGAAGCCUGAAAGGGAAAGCAUUGGAGACUGUGCGUUUCCGACUGCUGCAUCCGUCGAACCUACCAGGUAUUAUCGCUACACUUAAAACGCUGUUUGGGAGGCCGGAGAUAAUCGUGCACUCUUUGAUUGGCAAAAUUCGAGAGAUGCCAGCUCCGAAAGCAGAGAAAAUGAAUACUUUGAUCGACUUUGGAGUCGCUGUGCGAAACGUCUGCGCUAUCAUUCGUGCAUCGGGUCUCGAUGAGUACCUCUGCAACGUAGCUUUAUUGCAAGAGUUGACAGAGAGAUUACCCCCAACUAUAAGGCUCAACUGGGCGUAUCACCGUCAGACACUGGACAGAGUUAAUCUCUCGGACCUCGGAGAAUGGCUUGGGAAGCUGGUGGAGGCAGCUAGUGUCAUAACAAUCCCAUCCAUUGGUGGCACGAAACCGGAGAGACAUGGUCGAAAGGAAGACUACUUAAACGUCCAUUCAGAUGGUGGUAUCAGCGGAGAAAUCGCAACGAACACUCGUUCAGUGGGCAUUCCGAAGGGUUGUCUCGUAUGUCUUGAGGAGUGCAGCGGGCUGGAGACAUGCCAUAAGUUUUUAAACAUGGAUAUCGGUGGUCGUUGGACCGUGAUCAAGGAGCAGAAGCUGUGCAGAAAAUGUCUGCGGAAACACUUCGGCGCCUGCCUAGUUAAAGCACCAUGUGGCAAGAAUGGGUGUUUAUUCAUGCACGGCAAAUUGUUGCAUGAUGACAAACGGUACAACAAAUCUGCUAUCAAGCCAACUACUUCGACACAUGGAAUCCCGUCAGCGCAGAGUUGCAACACUCACUCGAACGCGGCUAGCAAAGUUCUCUUUCGGUACGUACCUGUGACAGUUUUCGGUAAUGGAAAGGCAGUGAAAACAUUUGCCUUUCUCGAUGAUGGGUCUUCGGCAACCUUCAUGGAGCACAGUCUGGCAAAAGAACUGGAUCUAGAAGGAACAUCUCAUCCAUUAUGUCUUAAUUGGACGGGAGGUCAGCAAAGGGAAGAAAACGAUUCGGUCAAGCUGUCACUGAAAAUUUCUGGUACGAGCGAUGCGAGUAAAGUUUACGUACUCCCUAAGGUUCACACGGUACGCAAUCUCUCCCUGCCGAAGCAGUCGGUUUCAGUGAGGCAAUUGAUAGCCAAAUACAGCUACCUGCAUGGACUACCGUUGGAACCAUAUGAUAGCGUGUCUCCUAAGAUCUUGAUUGGGAUGGACAAUUGCCACCUUGGUUACGCUCUGUGA